UGAGGACGACGAUGCUUCGUGGUGUGUGCCAUGUCUCGUCCUGCUUCAGCUUCAGCUUCAACAGUGGUGUGAUUCGUGCGUGUCAAGGUCGGGUAUCGACAGCGCAAGUGCUCCAGCCACGAUUGCACUCGAUCGUGUGUUCGUUGAAUCAGCAGCAGGAACAAAGACGUCGCAUUCACGCGCACAGCACAGCGGCCAUGAGCAAACAGGAAAGCAGCAGUGGCAGUGAUGCAGAUUGGAAGGCCUUUGUGUCGCCGCCAGCCACUGGGAACACCGACAUCCCACCCUUUCACCACGCUUUCCCAGUGCACGAUGUGAAUGUUGCGAGGGAAUUCUACGGCGGCGUGCUUGGCCUCGAGGAGGGCCGCUCUGCUGACGAUUGGGUUGACUACAACUUCUUUGGGCACCAGAUUGUGGCCCACCGCUCCGACAGUCUCCCCAAGGACCAUUUUAACCCGGUCGACGGCCACGACGUUCCAGUUCCUCACUUUGGGGCUGUGUUGUCCUGGGAGGGAUUUGACCGCCUUGCCGAGCGCCUCAAGCAGCACAAUGUGAAGUUUAUUAUUGAGCCGCACGUGCGCUUUCCUGGGCUGGCCGGCGAGCAGAAGACCAUGUUCUUCAAGGACCCCAGCGGCAACAACCUCGAGUUCAAGGCAAUGCGCAACCCCACUUACUUGUUCCAGAAGCAGUGAACUGCAAACAGGCAGCGCACACCAAAAUGAUGCUGCACGUUUCGUUAACCCCUCACCUCACCCCACUUCGGGUUUGUCCUCAAAAACCGUCACGGCAAUGGCAGCAAGUGCCCGGUCGUGGCUGCGUGCCAAGUAAACAACCAAACAACACC